AUGGCGAUCGGAAUCAUGUGGAAGAGGUGUUGUUUGGCUCAGGAUAAAGAUUUAACAUGUCACAUUAAAACAGGAUUCGUUCUGCUGGUCAUAUUGACAUUAUCAUCGUUUGUCAUCUCUUGUAUCUACGUUUUCUCAUUUAAUCCAGUCAAACAUUCUCACACCUGGUUUAACCUUGUAAAUCAAACUCAGUCCUAUAAUGUGGUGACUGAGGGCUUGUCUGGCAAAAAAUUUGUCUGGAAUUUUUUAACUAUUCCACAAAUCAUUCAAACAACUACCACACUAAAAAAUCACAUUUUGGUGCAUCAUCAUGUGGCUCAUCCACGCAACUAUCAUUUCAUUCUGGAUGAACCUGAUAAAUGCAAGCAGGAUCCGUUCCUGGUCUUGAUGGUCCCUGUGGCCCCCCAUGAGGUAGAGGCUCGUAAUGCCAUCCGCAGCACAUGGGGGAAUGAGAGCUCAGUGCAGGGAAAAGCAGUGCUGACUCUGUUCUUGGUGGGUUUGACUGGAGGAGCCGAAGCUCAACAGCAGCUGGAGGAAGAGAGUCGACAACACAGAGAUUUACUGCAGAGCAACUUUGUGGACUCCUACUUCAAUCUGACCAUAAAGACCAUGGUGAUCAUGGACUGGUUGGCCACUCGUUGCCCUCAAGUGAGUUUUAGUAUGAAGGUUGAUUCUCACAUGUACAUAAACCUGGAGAACCUGAUGACCCUCCUGUUGGCACCCAACACACCCAGACAGAACUACAUCACAGGGUAUUUGAUGUGGAACCAAAAUGUCAUUAGAAACAAAAAAUCUAAGUAUUACGUCUCAGUGGAGCUGUACCCUGAACCAAAAUACCCCACGUAUGUUUUGGGAGUAGGAUAUGUGUUCUCCAAUGAUCUUCCCAAAAAAAUAGUUGAGGCUUCCAAGGACAUUAAGCCAUUUAACAUAGAGGACGCAUAUGUGGGCACUUGUCUGAAACGGUUGGGCAUAAAACCCUCACGUUCUCCAGAUCCUUCUAAGUUUCGAACUUAUAUGAAGGAUUCUAAAGGUCACGACCUUUCCAAGGUCAUUACAACAAUCGCAAGGUCACCGAAGCAGAUAAUAGAGUUCUGGCAAAGUGUGAAGAGACACAAAUGA